UUUGUCGUGAACAGCAUGGAGGAGAAUGACCCCAAGCCCAUCGAAGCGGCGGCGGCGGCGGAGGGGCAGCGGCAGCCGGAAUCCAGCCCCGGCGGCGGCGGCGGCGGCGGCGGCAGCCCGGGCGACGCGGACACUGGCCGCCGGCGGGCUCUGAUGCUGCCCGCGGUCCUGCAGGCGCCGGGCAACCACCAGCACCCGCACCGCAUCACCAACUUCUUCAUCGACAACAUCCUGCGGCCCGAGUUCGGCCGCAGAAAGGACGCGGGGACGUGCUGUGCCGGCGCGGGAGGAGGAAGAGGCAGUGGAGCCGGCGGCGAAAGCGGCGCGGGCGGCGCGGAAGGAGGAGGCGGUGGCGCGGGCGGCGCCGAGCAGCUCCUGGGGUCGGGCCGGGAGGCCCGGCAGAACGCGCCCGGGGCGCCCGGGGCGGGCGGGCCGCUUCCCGGCGGCGGCGGCGGCGACUCUGCGGGCGACGGGGAAGGCGGCUCCAAGGCGCUCUCGCUGCACGGCGGCGCCAAGAAAGGCGGCGACGCCGGGGGCCCCCUGGACGGGGCGCUCAAGGCCCGCGGCUUGGGCGGCGGCGACCUGUCGGUGAGCUCGGACUCGGACAGCUCGCAGGCCAGCGCCAACCUGGGCGCGCAGCCCAUGCUUUGGCCGGCCUGGGUCUACUGCACGCGCUACUCCGACCGGCCGUCUUCAGGUCCCAGGUCUCGCAAACCAAAGAAGAAGAACCCCAACAAAGAGGACAAGAGGCCGCGCACGGCCUUCACGGCCGAGCAGCUGCAGAGGCUCAAGGCCGAGUUCCAGACCAACAGGUACCUGACUGAGCAGCGACGCCAGAGCCUGGCGCACGAGCUCAGCCUCAACGAGUCGCAGAUCAAGAUUUGGUUCCAGAACAAGCGCGCCAAGAUCAAGAAGGCCACGGGCAACAAGAACACGCUGGCCGUGCACCUCAUGGCACAGGGCCUGUACAACCACUCGACCGCGGCCAAGGAGGGCAAGUCGGACAGCGAGUAGGGCGGGCGGGCGCGAGUCCAGUCUCGGUCCACGCUAAACAAUGCAAUAAUUUAAAAUCAUAAAGGGCCAGUGUAUAAAGAUUAUACCAGCAUUAAUAGUGAAAAUAUCGUGUAUUCGCUACGGUUCUGCAAUAUUCUAUGUAUAUAUAAUUUACAGGUGGUGUAAGAUCCAAAAUAUCUGACUAUAAAAUAUUUUUUUGAGUUUUUCUGUGUUUAUGAGAUUAUGCUAAUUUUAUGAUUUUUUUUUUUUUGCGAAGGGGGGCUGCUUAGGGUUUCACCUUUUUUAAUCCCCUAAGCUCCAUGGUGGGACAUCGGACACUUUUAUUUUUUAAUUUCAGAAGAAGAAAAAAAAAUUAAAACAACUUGCUAAAGUCCAAAGAUUUUUAUUGCUGCAUUUCACACGACUGUGAACCGAAUAAAUAGCUCCUACUUGGUCUAUGA